AGAAGGGUGUGUUUUAUGUACCACUGCAGCAUCAGUGCAAAAACGAACUGGAGAAACGACACGAGUCAGUGGACUGAAAAAAUACAGACAAGGAGGAAGACCGAGACACGAGUGUGAGGAGCAGAAAAGGAGAGAAAGGAAUUAAAGAAAAGAGGAGGCAGCGGGAGAGAGGCAACACCUGCAGAGUCGGCCGCUGAAGAAGGGAUUGUGGAUCUGACAGAGCGAGACGGGAGCUUCACUCAGUCACUCACUUUGGACUGUGAAAGAAACACACACACCCACCAACUUAAAGCACACUGUUGUUUACUCCUCUCCGCUCUCCAGAGGGUCUGGGAGGUCCCUGGAGUGUGUGUCUGGUUUGGUGCAUAAGGUGGGAGGGUGUGUGUGUGUGUGCGCUUUUUUUUUUUAUGCGUUGAUGAGCGUGUGGGUGUCUUGCAUCACUUUUGAUGGGACAUUGAGAGAUGUGUGUGUCACAGCGUCGGUGGAUGGGCUAUAGGGGGCUGUGGUGCUCCGCCCUCCCCCUGAUCCUCCUCCUGCCUCUGUUUGCUCAAGGAGCUAUCCACAUCCCCAAAACAUAUAAAAUGCAUGACCAUGACAUGCCACAGCCUCCGUUGCUGACAGAGACGCCAAAAUCGUUCACAGCCUUUUCUCGAGAGGACAUCAAUCUGCCUUGUGAGGCGUCUGGAAACCCGACACCCACUUUCCGCUGGGUGAAGGAUGGGACGCCUGUGUUGGAGCGUAAAGGAUUCGGGACGCUGCAAGACCAGGAUCUGAAUAAGUCCCUGGACUGGUACGAAGGGUACUACAAGUGUUACGCUUCCAACACCCUGGGGACCGCCAUGACGCAAACCGUAAAAAUCAUCAUUGAGUCUCAACCAGUCCUUCAGAAACAACAGAAAGUAUUCAAGACUGCUCACGAGGGAGACAGCAUCAUCCUGCCCUGCCACCCUCCUAAAAGCAAGAGUCCUCCGGCCCUCCACUGGAUGGACGUAGGAAUGGUUCACUUCGCACAGAACGACCGAGUGACAAUCGGCCUCGAUGGGAACUUGUACUUUGCCAAUGUCCUGAAGAAUGACAGCAGAGACGACUACAUCUGCCACGCCCAGUACAAAGCGGCCAUGACUAUUCUCCCUGCGACUUCUGUUACACUCACGGUGACGCCCAGUAACGAUGUCAGUCACGGCAGAAAGCCCCACCUCUUGCGUCCCACCAACCCCUCCCACAGCUCAGUGUUUGCUCUCAGGGGUCUCAGUGUCAACCUUGAAUGUAUCCCCAAAGGCCUACCAACGCCCAAGGUGGAAUGGAGAAAGAAGGAUGGUAGUCUGGAAGAAACAACUGGUAAGACGAUCAACUAUAACCACCGGCUUCACUUUGCCAGCAUCACUCAGGAUGAUGAUGGGGAGUACGCAUGUGAAGCCACCAACGUAUACGGCGUCGCUACACACACCUUCACAAUCACUGUGGAAGCGGCUCCUUACUGGGUGAAGGAGCCCCAGAACCUGCAGUAUGCUCUUGGGGAAACAGUUCGUCUGGACUGUCAGGCUGAAGGCAUCCCGACCCCCACCAUCACCUGGAGAAUCAACGGCGAGCUGCUGUCAGACGUUGACGAUGAACCUCGUCGGAGCAUUUCAGGCGGCGUGUUGAUACUGAGGGACGUUGAACUGGCCGACAAUGCUGUGUAUCAGUGUGAAGCCAGCAACGUGCACGGCUCCAUCCUCCUCAACACCUUCCUCCACGUCGUCAAGCUCCCUCCUCAGAUCCUGUCCUCUGACGGGGUGGUGUACAAAGUCAUUGAAGGCGGACACAUCCAGCUGCACUGUGAAUCUUUUGGUUCCCCGCGACCACACAUUACAUGGGAGAAUGAGGACAUGGUUCCUCUGCUGUCCGACCCUCGUGUCUCCCUGUUGACCAAUGGGACAGUUGAGCUUUCCAACGUCAGCUACGCUGACAGUGGAGAGUACAACUGUUAUAUCAAAAACUCCAACAUCUCUAUCACUGCCAACCUGGAAGUCUUUAAUCGGACUGUUAUAUUGACGGGUCCUCAGGACAUCCGUGUUCUCAGAGGAGCCAGCGCUCAGCUGGACUGUCAUUUCUACAGAGAUCCUCGGCUGCACGACUACCAGGUUGUCUGGAAGAAAGACGGACACAAGCUCCUGGAGUCGUCAUUAGAUGACAAGUACACUAUGUUGGAGAAUAAUGCGUUAAAAGUGACAAACAUCCAGUCAGACGACACCGCACAGUACUCCUGCGAGGUCAUCACUGGACUGGACCAUGUGAAUGCCGUGGGAUCCAUCACUGUGGAAGCACCACCGGACCCUCCCAGCCAUUUAUCUCUAUCUAAUAUUGAGGACCACAGUUUGACUCUCAGCUGGACCCCAGGAUCCCCACACAACAGCCCCAUCACAGAGUUCAUUGUCGAGGCCCGGGAGGAGCAGCAACACACGGAGACAGGGAAAUCAAGGUGGGAGGAAUUGAAGAGAGUGACCGGGGACUUCGACCAUGUAGAGCUGACACUUCGCCCCUUCUCCAUCUACCAUUUCCGGGUCGUCGCCGUCAACAAGCACGGCCGAAGUAACCCCAGCAAUCACUCAGAAAGACACAAAACACCACAAGCUGCUCCCGACAACAGCCCCACUGGUGUUCGCAGCGCCCCCUCAGAGCCAGGGACACUGAUCAUUACCUGGGAUGAGAUGGACAAGCAUUUCCACAAUGGCGAGGGUUUUUAUUACAAGGUGUUCUAUCGGGAGGCUGAUGUAACAAACCUACAGUGGUCGACUGGCAACGCACAGUCCCCGCCAUUCAUUGUAAACAACACAGGAACGUACAAACCAUUUGAGAUCAGAGUCCAGGCUGCCAAUGUAAUGGGAGCUGGACCGGAACCAGAGGUCGCCACUGGACACUCCGGAGAAGACAUGCCAGAGGAGGCGCCCACUGGAGUUUCAACCACCGUGAUGAACAGCACAGUCAUAGUUAGGUGGAACGAAGCUCAGAAGGUCCGAGGUCUGCUGCUAGGAUACAAGAUCUACAUCAGGUGGUUAGGUCUUCAGAAAGGACGGAGUCGGAGGUCACUCAGACCACAGCACCAUGAGGACGAGAGAGACAGCAGAGGGACCAAGGAGUACAAGGAUAACUGGAUGGUGGUGGUUGAUGGCGCAAAGACCUCAGAGGAACUGACUGGUCUGCGACUGUUUUCUAAAUAUGAUGUGGUGAUCACUGCCUUCAACAGCAAGGGGGAGAGCCCUCCCUCAGUGUCUCAUUCCUUUAACACCCCAGAAGGAGCUCCUGGUCCUCCUGCAUCUCUUCGAUUUGAAAGCCCAUCCGAGAAGUCACUGAUCCUCCACUGGACCCCUCCACGUGAAACUAACGGCAUACUGCUGGGAUACCUGGUGCAGUACCAAAAGGAGGAUGAGAAGAAAGACGUGAAGAUGGAGUUCUUCCCUGAUCCCACGAAGACACAAACUGCAUAUGAAUCUCUGGACCCCAAUAGCCAUUACAACUUCAGCGUGAUAGCACGCACUGCCAGUGGAGACGGGCCUCCCAUCACAGUGAGGGCCGCCACCCUGCUCGACGGAGUUCCUCCAACAAAUGUCAGCGUAGCGAUUGGAAUGACAUCACUCAACCUGAGCUGGGUGCCCGGAGAGCGGGGCCGAGACCACAGCUUCUACAUCCGCUGCCUGAGGAAGAGUGCUGGAGGGCCAUGGGAGAAGUCAGAGCAGGUCAGCUCCCAUCAGGGUUUCUAUUCGCUGACAGGCCUCGAGCAACUAACUGAGUACCACCUUAUGAUCAUGUAUCAAAACGUCACUCAGUGGGAAGACGUGGCCUCGACAGGAGGACCAGGACCGUCAGAGAUGCCCGGCGGGUUCGCCACCCAAGGCUGGUUGAUAGGCCUCAUCAGCGCCAUCGUGCUGCUGGUGCUGAUACUGCUCAUCCUCUGUCUCAUCAAACGCAGAAAGGGCGGCAAAUACGCAGUGAAGGGCCAAGAAGAAAAAGUUGACUCUGAAGCUCGCCCGAUGAAAGAUGAGGCUUAUGGAGAUUACAGAUCUCUGGAGAGUGACAGAGAUGAGAAGCGCUCCGACAGCCAACCGUCUCUGAGUGGAGACAGUAAGCUGGGCAGUGACGACUCUCUGGCUGAAUACGGAGACAGCGUGGACAUCCAGUUCAACGAGGACGGCUCCUUCAUCGGCCAGUACAGCGGCCGGGGGCCUGUUCCCCAUGGCAACGAGAGCUCUAGUCCCAAUUCCCCUGUCAGUGCAGUCCCGCCUCCUCCCAUCGCUCCAUCCAUGUCGAGCAUCCUCAACCGGCCCAGCUAGACACACACACACACACACACACACACACACACACACACACACACACACACACACACACACAUGCCAACAUAAAGGGACAGACCACUCCUGACUCCACUGCCUGUAAUGUCAUAGUGUAAGAACACACACCUGUCACACACACACUGUCUCAAUACAUUCCACAUGUUUAUGCAGUGAAGCUGUUUACAGGAUGUCUUGCCUUUUCUACUCCAGGUUUACACACACACACACACACACAUACACAUGCACUAUCACAACUACACGCAAAUUCUUAAUCCAUAUAAUCAGAUGGUCCUUCACUCUCCUGUAAGAGAGAAGACAGAGACCGUUUACAGAGUUCAGCUGUGUGUUGCUCAGUAAAACAAUCAUAAAAAGUGGCAUUGAGGUCUUACCUCUGUCUUGGUUCAAUUAGUAGCUGGUGCGUUUGGGCUUUGUUUAGUUUUUUGUAAUGUUUUCUGUAACUAAACACAGUGCUAGUGUUUGACUGCUGCAAACAAGUUUAUUAAUUCACCUGUUUGAAAGCUCUCAACAGUUUCUAAGAGUUUAGCCAGGACUUUAAACACAGACUUAACGAGGAAUUUAAGAACAGCUGGUGCAGCUCAGCCAAGGAGAGGAAGAUUGCGGCCGAUGUGAUCAUCAUCUGUGACCGAAUAUCUCAACCACACUAUUUCAUCUCGAAAAAGCAUUUAACUCUCAUCUUGUUUUACAAAUACGGCUGCAGUUAUGUUAAUUUUUUCAUAUGAAUGUCCCCGAUUUCAGUUAUAUCUAUCUAUCUUUACUUCAAAGGUCACCACUUUGUGUCUUCAUUUUCAAGAUAUUUAUUUGUUCGUGUGCAUGCGUCUGGGAAUGAUUUUGAUAUUUACUGACGUGCGUGUCAGAGCUCCCAAAUCUAAGAUGCAUGCCGGCCUCGAGGCAUUCCUCAAUCAUUUAGUUGUUAUUUAGCACAUGAGUUUAAAGUGUGACUGCGUCUUUGUGUGCGAUUGUUUCACGCUCUCCGUCCCUGCCUUUUGACCUGCAGUGAGGAGAAAUCUGUUGCCUUAAGAGAGUCCAGUUGAGCCUCCUCCAUCUCUCCUCUCACUUUCUGUCUGUCAGUCAUUACUCCUUGCACUCCUCCUUCUCCCAUCAACAUCUUGUUGUGCAGAACCAGGAUACAGUGGCCCUGAGAGCAGUGCAACAUAUAAAACACAUGCAAGGAGAUACAGCUUCAUAAAUCUGACAGAGAACUGUAGCUGAAUAGUAAGAAAACAUGUCUCUGUAUUCAGUUGUCUUUAAUUUGAGACAAUAUUUUGUUCAUUUGCAUGUGUUUUAUGGGUUGCGGUGACAAUAAGUCAACACAGUAUUGACCUAUCAAAGCAGAUGUAGUAUUUCAUCAUCUAAAUCAGCGCCAUUUUACGUCCCAUGCUUCCCAGAAAGGUGUCCUGCACUGAACAGAGGGCGGGCUUCUCUUGUGGGAUUCUAUUGAAUGGAUUUCACAAUUUUCCAAACAGCUGCUUUAGAAAUCUUUGUUCCUCCACCAGUACUUUCAGGAUCACUGUAGAAUGAGACGGAACCAGAGACAGAAAGACACUCCUAUGCACACACUCACACACCAUGCACACUCACAUACUGAUGAAUACAUAAAGUGGAGACACUGUGAGGGUCGGUCCUCUGUAGCAAAACGGACCCUCUGAUGGAGCGAGGGAGGAUGAAGACAAAGAGGAUAGAAAUGAGUGAGGAAGAGGAGGAGGGAGAGGAGGAGGAAGACGAGAAAGCUGACAGAAAUAGAGAAUCAGAUGUUUUUGUUCUCUGAAUGUAAAUAGAACCUUAAGAUUGUCAUUUUUUAUUUCCAUUGCUUCUUUUAUAAGAUGAUACAAUUGUAAGUUUUUUAUUAUCCGUUGCUCCGUUUGAUUUUGUACUGCGGCGCUGCUACGCUGUAAGAUUUGUAUCAUACAACCCCACCAUCGUCUCCUCUUAGGUUUUCCUCUCGUGUCGCUUAGAGACUUUUAGAGAUGACUAGAAUCAUAGUGAACAAACACCCGCCCCUUCAUCCAAUUUCUUUAUAGCGCUUAGAGCAACAGAUAAUAUUGAUUAUUAAGAAGUUAUGUCAUAAAUGUUAACAUUUAUACACUUCGCCAAGGCAGAGCUGUUUUAAUGGACACAAGUGAAGCUGCAUUCUGCAGCCACAGAUGGACGAGUACUGAAAAACAGUCUUCGAGGGUUUGUUUUGUUGCCUUUGAGUGACAGGAAGGCUGCACUUGCAGGUGCAAGCUGUAUCGGACAAACUCGGUGUGACAAAAUAGAUGAUGAAUGAUUACACACCAAGGACUUCCUGUGUGUUUGGACCCAGAGCUGAAGUUUGUUUUUAAUGUCCACGGAGCAGAGAGGGACCGUAGAGACGAGCCUGAUGAGUCAAACUGAGUAGAUCCACAUUCGGUCCUUUAGUGGCGAUGGAUGUGAUUUCUCCAGCGUCUAUGGCGCUUCCAAACCAGUCAGUUCAUACUGUAGAUGUUAAGCUUUAAAAACACCUCACCAUCAUCUAUUUCAUGGUUUUCAAAAGACCUGGUGAGUGUUACUAGAAGUAAAACUUUUAGUUUCAGCAGGAUGGAAGAUGUGAUUUCUCCAGUGUCUGUUGCUCUUAGCUCCAAGUUCAUACUGUAGAUGCAAACAGAUGUAAACGGCACUGGUUCACAGCACUUUUGGUUCUCCAGUGGGACUAGUGCUCAAAUAAACUACAAUCUAUGUGUCCUUGGUAAUGAAGGAACAUGGCGUUAAGCGCAACAGUGAGACUUUUAUUACAAUGGAGCUCAGUGGUUCAGAGGAAUCAAGUCCAUCAGUAUAUGAAUAUAUACACACAUUCAGCAUUAACAGUACUCUUCUGGCUCAAGGAUAAAAUAAACACAAAACAGUCCUCCCUCUUUCAUCUCACAAAGUUUUAAUCUACAUCGACUUGUUGCCUUGUUGAGCAUCUACCAGGCUUCGACCAUGCUCCUCUCUGCUCCAACACCAAUGCUGACUGUAUGUACAGCCCUGUCCGUCUGUCUCUGUUGUAGCCUUCUUUUAUACAUAAGAACAUGUUGGGGGAAAAAAGACAAUAUAAAAAUUGAAAAAAUAAAAAAGACAAAAAAAAAAUGUAGGUAUAAAUAAUAACAAUACUGCUAAUGACCACAACAGCUAUCAAUUACGAUGACGCGGCCAGUGUUGUCGUACGUAGUGAGGAUCUGCACCAUGAAAUGUAUCAGUAUCACAGGAUCCAGCAGGGACGAUCGAGAUUACAGUGAAGGUGGUAGGAUGACCACUGUGUACAGUGUGUGUGUGUAGGGGCGAGGGAGGGAGGGAGGAAGGGGAGGAGUGGGGUUUGACACUCACACACACACACACACAUAUAUGGGAGGGGUGGGGGGGUUGUACUGCAAUAUUGAGGUGUGCUGAUGUUGUACCUGCUUGUUGCAUUGUGCGCUGUACUGUAUCUGACAAACUAACCCAGGCUGUCAACAACUAAUAAAUAAACAUGGACUACGCAUAUCCUGAA